AUGGACGCUCGCAUUCUAUUUCGCGGGCUCCGCGCCCGACGAACGACCUCGUUGCUUCACCAGCAACCCCGAUUCCACCAGUCCUUCCUCACCAGUACCCUCCGAUACAACUCCACAAAUUCCACACCAAGCCAACCGCCCACAAAAUCCGAAGAAUCAAAACCAUCCUCGCCCGCCUCUCCCAAGUCAGACCAAUCCACCGUUGCCUCCGACUUCGACGAAAUCCUCACCAAGCUCGACCUGGGCAACCGCACCUCCACCUCCAACGACUCCCUCACCCGCGGACGCCGCGGCGUCUCAGACUCCGUCUCGGACUCAGUCGUCUCGAUGGGCGGUAAGCAGGCGUGGCGGGCGAACCAGGAUCGCACGGCGCAGCAGCUGGCCUCGCGCAAGAUGGACCUGAAGCUGGGCCCGACUCUGGGCCGACAGAUUCACGUUGAGCCGGAGCGUGGCGUCGAUCUUGCGGCUGCUAUUCGCAAUUUGCAGAUUACCUGCGCGACGAACAAGAUUAAGGCGCAGGCGUUUGAGCAGCGGUUUUAUAAGAGGAAGGGUGCGGUGCGGAAGGAGCAGAAGCGUUUGCGGUGGAGGAAGCUUUUCAAGUUUUCGUUUCAGGAGACUGUUAAGAAGAUUCAGCGGAUGCAGACUCAGGGGUGGUGA